AUCCAGGGAUGAUUUAUUGUGACCUAGAAAUGGUCACUGUGGUCUUGACCGUUGUUAUUCCCAAACAGGCAGCUCUCAGGCUCUGUCCCCUCCUAUAUAGUGAGUCUUUGCAGAACCAUAUCUCUCAGGAUUCCAAGGAGUCCUUAUUUCAAAACCAAUGUUUGCUUAUUUACAUAGAAAUAUUUUCUGUGGAUUGAGUCUCACUGUUGGGCUUUGGUCUGGUUUUUGAGUUUGCCACUUUCUUCCCUUCCACUAUUCCUUGAAUUUGAACUUUUUUAUUAUAUAUUUUUUAUUUACAUUUCACCUAAUUCUGAAAUCAUGAGUUCAGAUGGUUAUUUGUUCCUUUGGCCAUGACCUAACCCAGGCUGCACGUCGAAUUGCCAGUCCUUCAAUCCGAACAUGAGAUGAGAAUGAUGGCUAUGCAAAUGAUGACCAACACAAUAAGUGAUGACAUGGAGAGGUACAAGGAGCUCAUACAAGUGAACAGUUCCUACCGCAUCAGGCAAUCCCAGCUCCUACGUGAACAAGCUCAAUUGAAGAACAAUAUACAGAUUUUGCUGAAUGAGAAGAGAGAACUGCUGGUGGAGCAGACUGAACUGCCAGCAUCUUCUGUGGAGACAAAGAGGUUCUGUGAAGAGGCCGGAAUGAACAUCUGUGACCCCAGAGCCACGCAACAGCAGGCCCCAGAGGUGAUUCUGCCUGCACGAUGUCCUCCUUCCUGGAGGCGAGCUCUUCCCAGGCGCCACAACGGGAGCAAAAAGAGAAAGAAAAAAAGAAAAGAAAAAGCAGAAGAAGCGGCCAGGGAAGGGGGCCUUAGCGGCGUUGGGCAUCAUCUCGGCCACGGGAGGGCGCCCUAUGACAGCGGCGGGUUUCCAACAGAGACUACAGCCUCGCAGUGUCCAAGGAAGAAGCCCAUGCCAGCCCUGCCAGGGGACCUUGAGGCAUGGAGCUCGCGGGGACCCCUAGCCCGACCUCCGGUCUGGUCCCCAGGAACAGCAAGCAGCAAGCAGCAAGCAGGGCGGGCUGCAGCCCCAGAGCAGCAGAAUCAAGUAGGAUCCUGUGUGUGCCGCGUCGUUCCUGCUGGCGAGACGUAGCGCGGGACAUCUGGUGCCAAAAACCCGGGAAAGACCUUGCCAUCGUCAGCACCUUCGGAGAUCCCUUGGCGACAAGGAGGAUUCAGAACUGCAGGACAAUGAAAAUCCCAUAUGGAUCCCAGGACGACUUACUCGGAGCAUCACAGCAAGUGAUCAAGAAGGGACUGGGACUCCUGCCCCUCCUCACUCUUCUUCCAUGGAUGCCAGCAACGGUGCAGGGCGAGCUACGAUGGGGAAUAAUGUCAACCUUUCCACUCCCGAUGCCGGUGAUGUACCACUAACAGGGAUUUAGGGUUGGCCUAUUUACCUAAGGAUCCACAGGUUGAACGACAAAAAAAAAAAAAAAAAAAAAAAAAAAAAAAAAAAAAAAAAAAAAAAAAAGAAAAUAGGACUAUUCCCUUAACGGCAGCCUUUGUUUUGGCAUAUUCAACAAAACAUCUUUUGAUCUCCCUUGCAUUAUGUUAUAUAAUCAAUCUUCUGCUUGGUUAAGGGAGGCCACAUGGGGAACUGGUGAGGAGGACAUUGUGGCUAACGCCACAGUUCUCUAUGGUGGUGGCCUUACAUUGCAUUAAUGGUAGCUGCACUGAUCUUACGCCCAUGGCGAUGCUACUUGGAGGAAAGGGCGAAAAGGGACGGUUGUCAUUUUCCUGGACGGGGAACAUCAAACCUGCUGCCUCUGUCUGGACAGCUACUCAUAUCGCAGUAGUUACCCGCAUGCCUCGCUUUAUCCCUAUACCUGUUGAUGCCCCGGGGACCAUGACCUUAUUUAGAGGAAAAAGAGAUUUUGGUACUUCUGCUAUUAUUGCUGGCAUUAUUGCUACGACAGCAGUCGCUGCCUCGGUUACUGCCUCGGCAUUGGCCUUGUCAAAUUCAGUACAGACAACCCAAACUAUCAAUGAUUUAUUGGCCACCAUCUCUGUGGCUCGGGACAGACAGGCCUCAGCCAAUACUCAGAUAUAGGGAGGCCUUAUGCUUGUCAACCAACGUAUAGAUCUGGUCCGAGAGCAAUUAGACAUUCUAUGGCAACUGGCCCAGCUUGGCUGUGAGCAAAAACUCCCAGGCCUUUGUGUCACCUCCAUAUAAUAUGACAAAUUUACCUGAGCUGCUAAUCUGUCUAAGAGUCUUUCACAGCAUCUGUUACAGAAUUGGACCUCGGAGUUUGAACAGACACUUCGGGAGCUGAGAGCGACCAUCAUUCAAGUAAAUUCUACCCGACUGGACCUGUCUUUGACGGAGGGAUUGUCGUCCUGGAUCACCUCAGCAGUCUCUUAUUUCAAGGAAUGGGUGGGAGUAGGACUUUUUGGAGUGAUCCUCUGCUGUGGAUUAGUGUUACUCCUCUGGUUGCUUUGCAAAUUGAGAUCUCAAACAAGAAAGGACAAAGUAGUGAUCGCCCAGGCGCUUGUAGCCCUUGAACAAGGAGCGUCAGCCGAUAUCUGGUUGACCAUGCUCAAGCAACAGGUCGCCGGCUGGACAGCUCUUGCACUCCUAGAACCUCGGUUCAUUGCACAGGAUUAGAGUGUCCGGCUUGAGCAGCCCAUGAGGGGUGACUUAGCAUCGCACAGGGAAGUUCUACCAAAUAUGCUCCCUGGAAGGCAUGUCAUAUUACAUGAGGGUUUCUGCCCCAGUUUUCCCUCCCUCGAAAAAUGGCAGUGUGACGGGUCGGGAGUGCCCUGGGUCCCAACAACAGCCUAAGGGUAUCUCUCUUGUACAGGUUCGCCAACUUUGUACGAGGAUAUGACCUCUGUCUUCACCCUCCUAUAUCUGGGUGUCCUGUUUGCUUAAAAAAAAACAGAAAAGGGGGAGAUGUGAGGAGCUGUCCGAGGAGCUGUCCUCACAGAUGUGAGGAGCUGUCCGAGGAGCUGUCCUCACAAACUCCAUUACAAGAUGGCACCGGCAUCUGGCAGAACGCACCUAGUAAAAAGGGCAAUACGCAGGCGCCUGGUAACUUCCCUACUCAAAGGGACAUAUACGUUUUGGUAUGUCAUCUGGCAUAAUUGGCAGCGACCAGUCAGAGAGUGACACGUCCUAGGCGAGGAUAGUUUCCUAUAUAAGGGACGGUUAUUCCUCACUCUCCGUCUCCGCGUUGUAAGCUUAUGCUCUCCCUCUCAAGACGCAUUAAAGCUUUUCUGUAGUAGGAUCCUGUGUGUGCCGCAUCGUUCCUGCUGGCGAGACGAAGCGCGGGACAUACAUAUUUCUAUGCUAUACUGUGUAGAAUACAAUUCUAUUAUAUGUCAACAUAUACAGUUUGCUCAAUAUGAUUUCUGUGAAUGUUAUCAGUCAUGGGGAAAUAUUAAGAGCCUGAAGAAACAUGCACAAUAUUUGCAGAAUGCACAUAAAAUAGGAGAUGGUAUAUAAGCAAAAAUGUGAAUUACAUCACUUACAGCUUUCAUAUCGAAUGCAAUUUAAAAUGUUUAAUAGAUUAAAAAUAUUUAAAUCAUCUUUA